AUGCCCGAAAACUUCCACAUUACGAACAAGUUCCCCGACGGGGAGCCAGUAUUUACACGCCACCCCGUCCGUCGACCAAAACCACGCCCGGGAUCCAUCGUCUACAGCCGUUACAUACCCGAGCUGGACACACAUUUCUCUCUGGAAGCGGUGAACUGGCAGGAUGCGGAACACUUGAAGCUGUUCAACACAUGGCAAAACGACCCACGCGUCGCGGCCGGGUGGAACGAGACAGGGACGCUGGAUCAGCACCGUGAAUAUCUGCGCAAGCUGCACGAGGACCCUCAUGUCCUGUGUCUGUUCGGGCGCUUCGACCAGUCGCGCUUCGCAUACUACGAGCUGUAUUGGGCCAAGGUAGGGAGGCCCCUUUGCACCCCUGGCAAUCUCUUACAAACCGCUGACCUCCCUCCCCCCUUGCAGGAAGACCAUUUCGGCGCGCACUACGACGCGGGCAACUACGACCGCGGCCGGCACUCACUCGUCGGCGACGCCUCGUUCCGCGGGCCCCAGCGCGUCAACGCCUGGUACUCGAGCUGCAUCCACUACUGCUUCCUCGACGACCCGCGUACCGGCAACGUUGUGGGCGAGCCCAAGGCCACCGGCGGGACAAUUCUCACGUACGAGAACGCUCAAGGGUUGGUCAUUGGAAAGUAUGUGGAUUUGGGGCAUAAGCGGUCGGUGUUGUCGAUUUGUAGCAGGGAGAAGUGGUUUCAGCUGUGUCCGUUGUUUUGGGAUGGGCGGGAGAAGCCGUUGGAAUCAGCGGAUCGGGCUGCGUGGAAUGCGAAGCUGUAG